AUAAAAAUUUAGAGCAAUUUCUACUCUAACAUAUGUAAUUGAUUUUAUCGCUUAGAAAUAAUAGUAUCUGAGUCAAAAAAGAAACUUUGAUUCAGCGCACAGUAGGAUCCAUGAAGAUUUCCAAAUGGCUGGGAAACGUAAAAGAGUUGUAAAAGAAACAAAGAGUAAGAAGUCUUCUUUGAAAGCGUCGAUGAACAUUUGUUCCAAGCAUAUCUUCUCUAAAACUUCUAUUACACAAAUUCGGAAAGAACUGUUAUCUUGGUACGAUGCAAAUCAACGGGUUUUGCCUUGGCGGACAAUAGCUGCAUCUGAAGUUGAUCCUAAUGUCAGAGGAUACGCUGUUUGGGUUUCCGAAGUGAUGCUGCAGCAAACGCAAGUCGCAACAGUCAUACCUUAUUUUAACAAAUGGAUCAAGACAUGGUCCACCAUCCAAACAUUGGCCGCGGCGGACUUGGAAGACAUCUAUAAAGUGUGGGCGGGACUAGGCUAUUACUCCAGGGCUCGUAGACUGCAUGAGGGAGCCAAGUUCCUCGUGACGAAGAUGGAUGGAACGAUGCCACAGGAAGUAGAAGAGCUCUCGAAGACUAUUCCCGGGAUUGGUCCGUAUUCUGCCUCUGCAAUAGCUUCGGUGGCCUUUCAGAAAGUUGUCGGAGUCGUUGACGGAAACGUGAUUCGAGUGCUGUCGAGGAUGAGAGAGGUGGGGGCGGACUCCUCUCGCUCGAAUGUUCGAGAUCAUUUAUG